AAGUGCAGCUAGCUUCUGUUCCACUCACACGUCACACGACACCACACCACACCAGCAUCGCGAUCCCCAGCCCUGUCCUCUCUCUCAACGCUUAGCUAGUUUAGCUACCAAUACCAUGCUUGUCCUCUUGCCCCUCCUCCUCCUCGCGGUGGCGUCCUCUCCGGCGCCGACGACGGCGGGCGACGGAGGCGGGGCCGUUCCAGUGGGGAACAUCUUCUCCUUCUUCUGCAGCCCCACCAACUCGAGCGUCCUGCGGACGUACCAGCCCAACAGCACGUUCGCGGGCAACCUCCAGAAGCUCGUGUCCGAGCUCCCGUCGAACGCGUCGGCGGCGUCGGGCUUCGCGGCGGGGAGGUUCGGCGCCGGCGCGGGCCCCGGCGCGGCGUACGGGACCGCGCUGUGCCGGGGCGACUUCCUCGGCGGCCAGUGCGCCGACUGCCUCGCCGAGGGGUUCUCGCAGGCGGCCAGCCGGUGCCCCGGCAGCGUGGACGCCACCAUGUACUACGACCAGUGCCAGCUCCGCUUCUCCGACCAGGACUUCCUCCUCGCCGCCGCCUCCGCCAACAACAUGCCGGAGAGCACCGCCUGGAACAUGAACAGGGUGUCCGCGGGGAACGUGGCCGCGUUCGACGCCCUGGUCAAGGGGCUCGUGGCCGCGGCGUCCGACGCCGCCAGCGACAGGAGCAGCCGGUACGCCACGGGCCAGGCCGGGUUCCCGCCGGAGAGCAUCAACGUGUACGCGCUGGUGCAGUGCGCGCAGGACCUCACGGCGCGGCGGUGCCGGGAGUGCCUGGCCGGCCUCAUGGGCCAGAUGGGCAAUUUUUUCGCCGGGAGAGUGGGCGGGAGGAUUCUCGGCGUGCGCUGCGUCAUCAGGUACGAGAAGGAUGUCUUCUUCGCGCAAACCCCAGAUAUGCUCACGGUCGCGCCGCUGCUGGGUUCGACUUCGACCAAAGGUAGUAGCAGCACCACGCUGUGGGUCGUCGCCGUCGCCGUCCCCGUGUCCGUGCUCCUGGCCUGCUUCCUGGCGUGCGUCCUGUGGAUCAGAAAGCGGAGGAGGAGAGUGACCAAUGUGUCAGGCACGGUGAGCGUGCCCACAAUGUCCAUGGAGAUGGAGCAGGUGCUCAAGCUGUGGCGGGUCGAGGAGAGCGACUCCGAGUUCUCCCUCUUCGACUUCGACCAGAUCGCCGACGCCACCGACAACUUCUCCGACGACCACAAGCUAGGCCAGGGCGGCUUUGGGCCCGUGUACAAGGGUGAGCUGCCCGGCGGCCUGGAGGUCGCGAUCAAGCGGCUGUCGUCCGUGUCGGUGCAGGGCCUGAUGGAGUUCAAGACGGAGAUCCAGCUGAUCGCCAAGCUGCAGCACACCAACCUGGUGCGCCUGCUGGGCUGCUGCGUGCAGGCCGACGAGAAGAUGCUGGUGUACGAGUACAUGCACAACAAGAGCCUCGACUUCUUCAUCUUCGACGGCGGCGACAGAGGGAGGGCGCUGACCUGGGGCCGCCGGUUCCGCGUCGUCGACGGCGUCGCGCAGGGCCUGCUCUACCUGCACAAGCACUCGCGCCUGCGGGUCGUCCACCGCGACCUCAAGGCCAGCAACAUCCUCCUGGACCGCGACAUGAACCCCAAGAUCUCCGACUUCGGCAUGGCCAGGAUCUUCUGCUCCAACGUCACCGAGGCCAACACCACGAGGGUCGUCGGCACGCAUGGCUACAUCGCUCCGGAAUACGCGUCGGAGGGUCUCUUCUCCGUCAAAUCCGACGUCUUCAGCUUCGGCGUCCUGCUCCUGGAGAUCGUGAGCGGGAAGAGGACCGCCGGGUUCUACCAGUACGGCAAGUUCUUCAAUCUCACAGGAUAUGCGUACCAGCUGUGGCAGGACGGGAAAUGGCACGAGCUGGUGGACCCGGCGCUGGGCGACGACCUCCCCGUGGGCGAGGUGAUGAAGUGCGUGCAGGUGGCGCUGCUGUGCGUGCAGGACAGCGCCGACGACCGGCCCAGCAUGUCGGAGGUGGUGGCCAUGCUGGGGAGCGAGGGGGUCACCAUGCCGGAGCCCCGCCAGCCGGCCUACUACAACGUCCGGAUCAGCAGCCUCGCCGUGUCUUCGGACUCGUUCGCCGAGUCGUCCUGCAGGAUGAUCAGCAACAUCACCCUCACGGACCACGAGGAAGGCAGGUAGAGACGUAGCGGUGCCUGCUGUAGCUCGCUGACGGUAAACUGUACAGGACGGCCGUUCAUAUGAUCUGAAAUUCUGAAUACAGAGACACGAGAAGAAAAAAACACACGGAUCGGGAGAUAGUAGGUUAACAUAGUUGGUGCAAGAUAUGCCCGUGCCCAUCGACGUGUUAACGAACGCUUUUAGGCUCCAGCAAUUUUUUGGUCCACAGUUGACUUGGUUUGCUGAACUGCACACCUGUGGUAUUUGUAUGUGCGCACUUUAGUAGGCGACAGUUAGUUUUACACUUGUAUGUGCUUCCGAAUUUUUGUGUUAUACACCCAUUUUUGUCAAAACAGUUUUCCACUGCAAUAAGAAAAAAAACUGAUUUUUUUGUGGGCCAAAAUAA